ACAGAUAAAAACAUAAAAACCAAAUUGAAGUCGUCGCCUCUGCUAAGCUCAGCAGUCAAAUUCCAUUUUGCGAUUAUCAUUUCAACCAAAAGAAUUUCUCUGAUUUUUCAUUACCACUGUUCCAGCUGCCGAGUUUUCGAUUCAAUCAUCUUCUUCUUUUUCUAUAAGAAAUGGCGGUUGGGAAGGAACAGGUGACUCAUGAGAUUGUGAAGCCUCGUAAUGACAAAAGAGAGUACAGAAGAAUCGUCCUUAAGAACUCCCUUGAAGUUCUACUCGUCAGUGAUCCUGAUACCGAUAAGAGUGCCGCUUCCAUGACUGUUGAUGUUGGUUCGUUCAGCGACCCCGAAGGCCUAGAGGGUUUAGCCCAUUUUCUUGAGCAUAUGCUGUUUUAUGCAAGUGAAAAGUAUCCACAGGAGGACAGUUACUCAAAAUAUAUCACAGAGCAUGGUGGUAGCAUGAAUGCCUUUACGGCAUCGGAGGAGACAAAUUAUUAUUUUGAUGUCAAUGCUGAUUGUUUUGAGGAGGCUUUGGACAGAUUUGCUCAAUUUUUCAUCAAACCUUUAAUGUCUCCUGAUGCUACAAUGAGAGAAAUCAAAGCGGUUGAUUCUGAGAAUCAAAAAAAUUUAUUGUCUGAUGGGUGGAGAAUGCACCAGCUUCAAAGUCAUAUAAGUUCUGAAAGCCAUCCAUUUCAUAAAUUCAGCACAGGGAACUGGGAGACAUUGGAGGUUCAACCAAAAGCUAAAGGGCUGGAUACAAGGCAUGAACUUCUAAAAUUUUAUGAAAAUAAUUAUUCAUCCAAUGUCAUGCAUCUGGUUGUAUAUGCAAAAGAAAAACUUGAUAAAGUACAAAUCCUCGUGGAAAACAUAUUUCAAGAUAUUCCAAAUCAUAACUGCAAUCGCGCUAAUUUUCCUGGUCAGCCAUGCACGUCCGAACAUCUCCAGGUUCUUGUUAGAGCCAUCCCAAUUAAAGAAGGUCAUAAACUGAGAAUUAUUUGGCCAAUAACUCCCGAGAUUCAUCAUUACAAGGAAGGGCCAUGCCGGUAUCUAGGUCAUCUUAUUGGCCAUGAAGGAGAAGGAUCCUUGUAUUACGUUCUUAAAACAUUAGGUUGGGCAACAGGGCUCUCAGCCGGUGAAUCUGAUUCCACCAUGAAUUUUUCCUUUUUCAAAGUAGUAAUAGAUCUCACUGAUGUUGGUCAAGAACACAUGCAGGAAGUUAUUGGGCUUCUCUUUAGAUACAUUAGCCUUUUGAAGCAAUCAGGUAUAUGUCAAUGGAUAUUUGAUGAGCUUUCAGCUAUUUGUGAGACGAAGUUCCAUUAUGCUGAUAAAAUUCGUCCUAUUAACUAUGUAAUCAGCCUUUCAUUGAAUAUGCAGUUGUAUCCGCCGGAGGAUUGGCUAGUUGGUUCGUCCUUGCCUUCAAAAUUCGAUCCAAAAUUGAUAGGAACAGUUCUGGAUCAGCUUUCAGUAGAUAAUGUCCGCAUCUUUUGGGAGUCGAAGAAAUUUGAAGGCAAGACGGAUAAGGUUGAGAAGUGGUAUGGAACUGCUUACUCCAUCGAGAAAAUUUCUGGUCCUUUGGUUCAGGAUUGGAUGCAAUCUGCUCCUGAUGUGAAUUUGCAUCUACCAGCUUCGAACAUUUUCAUCCCUACUGAUUUAUCGCUUAAACGUGCAUGUGAAAAGGUCGAGUUUCCGGUUCUGCUAAGGAAGUCAUCAUAUUCAUCGAUAUGGUACAAACCCGACACAAUGUUCUCCACACCCAAGGCAUAUGUUAAGAUUGAUUUUAUCUGUCCCCAUGCUGAUAUCUCACCUGAAGCAGAAGUCCUAACGGCAAUUUUCACGAGGUUAUUGAUGGAUUAUCUGAAUGAAUACGCUUAUUAUGCGGAGGUUGCUGGGCUAUAUUAUGGCAUAAACCUCAUAGAUUCUGGUUUCCAGGUGACUCUGAAUGGUUACAACCACAAAUUAAGGGUUCUAUUGGAAACUAUAGUUGAAAAAAUUGCAAAAUUCAGUGUGAAACCUGAUAGGUAUCUCGUCAUCAAGGAAACUUUGUUGAAGGACUACCAAAAUUUCAAGUUUCAGCAGCCCUAUCAGCAGGCUUUGUACUAUUGUUCGUUAAUACUUGAAGAUCGGACAUGGCCAUUAAUGGACGAACUUGCAAUCCUUCCACACUUGGGGGCUCGAGAUCUAGAUAAAUUUGUUCCCACUUUGCUCUCAAGUGCCUACUUGGAAUGUUUCAUUGCAGGAAACAUUGAAAGGAUUGAAGCUGAAUCAAUGAUCGAUCACAUUGAAGAUACGUUCUUCAAGGGGCCAAAUCCAAUAUCACGACCGUUAAAUCCAUCACAGUAUCCAGCCAAUAGAAUUGUGAAGCUUGAGAGGGGCAUUGGUUAUUUCUAUUCAGCAGAGGGUCUCAAUUCAAAUGACGAGAAUUCCGCUCUUGUUCACUACAUUCAGGUGCAUCGAGAUGAAUUUCUACAGAAUGUGAAGCUUCAGCUUUUUGCUCAUGUGGCAAAACAAGCAGCUUUUCAUCAGCUUAGAACUGUUGAACAACUUGGCUAUAUUACUGUUCUAGCGCAAAGCAAUCACUGUGGUAUACGUGGAGUUCAAUUUAUCAUUCAAUCCACUGUCAAGGGUCCUCGAGGUAUUGAUUUGAGAGUAGAAGCGUUCCUGGACAUGUUUGAGAAAAAGCUCGUUGAGAUGACCAUUGAUGAAUUCAAGAGCAAUGUAAAUGCUUUAGUAGAUGCGAAGCUUGAGAAAUUCAAGAACUUGAAGGAAGAAUCUAGAUUUUACUGGGGAGAGAUUUCUGGAGGGACACUCAAAUUCGAUAGGAGAGAAUCAGAGGUUGCACUCUUAAAGACACUCACACAUCAAGAUUUGAUCAACUUCUUCAACGAACACAUAAAAGUUGGUGCGCCUUGUAAAAAGUCUUUAAGUGUUCGGGUUUACGGAAAUCUUCAUUCCUCAGAGUAUUCUGGAGAUUUAAAUCAACCACUUCAACCCAACACCGUAAAAAUAGAUGACAUUUUCAGCUUCAGAAGAUCACAGCCACUUUAUGGUUCCUUCAAAGGAGCAUAUGGUAAUGUGAAGUUGUAGUGGGCUUUGAACUCCCUUUUCUCAUGAUGCAUAUUUCCACACAGCUCUUGACAAAACUGAGGCUUUGAAUGUUAAAAUACUUUUAAAAAUUUUGUUGAGUUGUGGAGGAGCCAUCUUAUGUUGUGAAUGAGAUGAAUGGAGCAUUGAUCUGCAGCAAGUUGGAUUCGUUGUGAAGUGAAGAAGAUGGGUUUGAAUCCAUUGGUUGCAAAGUGGUCUUCUUCUGUUGGAUAAUAAAAGAACCUCUCAAUAAAAGCUUUUGCUGAUCCCUAAACCUUAGCUAUGCUUGAAUAAUGUUCUGACAAUUUUGUUAUUUAUUUACUAACCCUACUUGUGGGUGACAUCAUAAUUAUUUCCUUGAUUCAA